GAGGCAGGUAGCCAAGGUCACGUCGCACUAGAAGCUGAAUCGAUCGCUCAAAGCUCUAUUCUCCGGCGGCUUCAUCGAUUCCAUCCAGUCGCACGAUGAGAGCUCCAUUGUUCGGAUUGUGGUUCUGGCUGGGAUUGGGGUGGCUUCUAGUCUGCGAAUCCGGUGUGGUUUCGGCCAAGCGGUUCCUUCGCUGCGAACUGGCGCGAAAACUGCUCGAUCAGCACGGUUUCGAACGAAGUCUGCUCUCCAAUUGGAUAUGUUUGCUGGAGCACGAGAGCGACCUAGAGUCCAGCAGGAUCACCAUGAAUCCCAAUGGAUCCCGCAACUACGGCCUUUUCCAGAUCAACAGCAGGUUUUGUCAGGAGGGAAGGCGUGGAGGCACCUGCAAUGUCAAGUGCGAAGAUCUCCUGGAUGAAAAUCUUAGGGAAUCGGCCACUUGUGCCAAACGCAUCCAGACAUCCGAUGGAUUUCGGCACUGGAAUGGUUGGCAACGCUACUGCCGUAACACCCAAAAUCUGCCUAAUCUUAAGGUCAUCUGCGGGAUCUAGCAAACAAUAUGGUACUUAUCUGUUUUCAGAUUGAUUAAAAAAACCUAUGUCGUGUGGUGAAAUUAAUAGUUUUAAGAAAAUUCGAAAUAAAAUAGAUACAUAAAAGGGGA